ACCUGGAAGCCUGGGCAAAAAAAAAAAAAAGCCCGGCACACAGAGAGCUAAAAAGGGGUCUACAGGAAGGCUGCAUCUACCGAUCUACCCGGGUUCCUCUGUUGGUUCUGCUUUCCUUUUUUUUAACCGGAGAUAACGCGAGGACAGGAGAGCAGCGCGCGCUUUGGUUGCGGACGCUGGAGCGGCGCGCGGCGGCGUUUAUCAUGAGUUGCCCGGACGUGAUGCGCCCGCUUUACGGCCAUUUCGCCCCUCACGCGCCUGGAAGCGCUGCGUUCGUCGGCAGUUUUCCGACUUGUGUCAGCAGUCCAUCGUCUCGGCACAGGAACCUAAUGGACGCCUCUGGAUCAGAGGAGGUCCCAGUUUUAGGAGGGAACCCAGUGUCAGGAAGCCUGUCUUCAUCCACGUACUCUUCAGGUGGACAGAAAGAGAAGCAGGUGGGGGAAGCUGAGUACCUGAGCUCUCGAUGCGUACUUUUUACCUACUACCAAGGGGACAUCAGCAGUGUGGUGGACGAGCACUUCUCCAGAGCACUUAGCUCCUGCACAGGGAUGAAUGGCAAGAGAAGAGCCAGUCAGGCCAACACAGAACCAACAUCUCCAAACAGUCGUAGAAAUUUCCCUCCAUCCUUCUGGGACAGUAAUUACCCGUCACCCCCCAGUCGACCUCAUUGUGACCCAACAGGGACCCCCGCAUACUCUGUGGACCCUUAUGCUCAAGCUUUUCAUGCAGGUUUAUCUCAUGCCCAUCCUCAUGCACAUCCUUCUGACUCCUGGGGAUACACCCAAAGUCAGGUGUAUGGACCCCCACGGUCCCUCCAUGAACUCUACUCUGCACCUGGACUGGAGGCACACUAUAGUCCCCUGCUCAUGCCUGCUGUCAGGCCACCCCACCUGCCCCCCACCCUGCCUGGCCAUUAUGAUGUAGCAAAACUGGAACCUACACCCACAUGGCCAGGACUGCUCCCACCAGGAGACAUGGCGCUCGCACUAAACAUGGACUCAGGGCUGCAGCCGCAUAAGAAAGGAAAGGAGCUCUACUGGUUUUAACGACCAUUUUGAUUAUCAACUCGUCCAAUUAAAGCUCUGGAGAGCUGGAGACCGACCCAUUGUAACCGAGCUCCUCUCUAUCAGACCCCUUCGGCCUUGCCAGGUUUAUCUGUGCACCAUGGAGAUAAAAAGAGGAUGGAGAGAGAACAGCAGAAAAAUUAGACGGGCCCAGCUUUGUGCAUCUGCCUUUCUCUGUAAUCCUUCCACUCUCUGUCUUUUUUAAUCUCUCCUGUGUAUUUUAUUGUGUGGUGUAACAAAAAGCCUAUCCAGGCUUCCAGGCCAGUCAGUUGACUUGAGAGACUUGAGUGAACAAUGGAGAUGCUGGAUGGGAAAUAAAGAAAUGACAAAUAAUAAUUAACAAGCAUGAAAUAAAUAAAGGUUAUAGUGAAUAUUUCAUGAUAUAUAUUACAGCUCUGAGAUGGGAUUUUCAUAUUUAUCACACUUUGUAUUUAUAUUUGUGGGAUAUGGAGAAAAUAUAAGUUGCCAAAAGGAUAUUUAUGGUUGUUUUUUUUUAAUUAUUAAUGAAGUGCGUUAUUCGUUUCAUUUUAAAUAUGAAAGCAUAUCGAAUGAAUUUGACUACAUUUGAAGGCCAGUGAUUUGUGGAAGUGUACUACUGAGAAACCUUUCACACUAAAGUAGCUUCAGUUAGGAAAUUAUGUAUAUAAAAUCUUUAUGUAUUCAUGUAUGUCUUCAUGUAUGCCAUGUAUCUGUAAUUUUUCAUGUAUAAUUAGUACAAAACCCUGCCAAUGAAAUCACAUAUUUUAUUUCAUUUGUUUGACUUGUUUUCAGUUAUAGAAAGCAUUUGUAAUAUUUGACAUCAACACAGUUUUCAUUUGUCUAGAAUAUUUUUUUAAUAACAUAAGUCAAUGGAGGAAAAAAUAAAAGCAAAGGCAUAUUGAUAGUUAAUGAAUGUCUAUUGAUGUUAGUUUUAUUCUACAUUAUUCCUGAAUACUACACUCACUGUUGUUUGUUCAGGGGCCUGCAUGCUUAUUAUCAUUUUUCAAACCAUUAAAUUAAUUCUAUAAUUAGUUUAGGUCAAAAAAAUAAUGUGAAUUCAUUACGCACUAUUUUACCGUCAUGUGACAUCAGGAAAAAUUGUGUUAACUUCAAGGAAAAAUGAACAGCAAAACAAUUAACUUGUCAUGAAAAACAACACAAAAGAUGUGAAAUAUGGGAAUCAGUCAAAGUUAUGUUUCAGAUAUGAUCUUUGUUCUUUGAAUUUUGCUAAAGCCGUUGAAUAUAAGAUAAAUAUUUGUGUUGUAUUUUGCUUCUAUUUAUUUAAA